AUGGCGGCCAUAACGUCUCCAACCAGUCCACGUCUACCUGUACCACCUUUCACCAGAGCAUCUUUCUCUUCACUCCCACACGACAUAAUCUUCGAUAUCUGCGAACGUCUCUCCGACAAAGACGUCCUAAAACUCCAACUCUUAUCCACUACAAUCCGCCAAAAACUCCCACAGUCGCGGCUAAACCUCAUUCACGCAGAAAAGACAUACUACCUCUGUUCCUACAGCAUUCAAAAACUCGAAAGAUUAGUCCGAGAUCCCAUACUCGCCGGGCGGGUAACACAAAUAACCUUCGACGUCGGUGUUCCAACUGUUCGACUCCGGUCUAAAAGAUCUUGCGUCACUGACGCACGAGAAUACCCUACCGAUGCUCGAGCUAGAAUACACCGCUGGUCUAGCACCCACAUGCGAAGGCAAAAUAGUCUGGUAGUAUCGCCAAGAAGUUGUAGGCCAUCUGCUUCAACCAGCAGAGUCGAUCCUAGAGCCGCAAUAAGCUACGAAACCGUCCUGGACCAAACCUACAACCUCUUCAAAACACAUUUCCUAACCCAUGUCGAUAACUCAGAAGAAGAUGAAAACGACUUUACUAUCUUCACCAGGAUAACAAAGACUUUUAAAUUACUACCAAGCCUAAGCAUUUUAACAUUUUCACAUACAAAUCCCAAAAUGGUGGAACGCUCGGAAAUGUUAUCUCGCUGGAAAGAAUACAACGACCACCUUUAUGCGUUGUUAUACAUCGAUCCAAAGAUAGAAUUACAGUCAGGAGCAUGGCCUUGGUGCUCGUGGUUAAGACCUAAGACUCCGACAUUUCUAUUGUCGACGGCUUGCCCCGCGAUAUUAUUCUGUGCUACACAAGCUGAACGAACAAUUUCUGAAGUUAGAGUGGGGAAUACAUCAUGGGGACCCCAGAACUUUGGAUUUAUGAUUUCGAAAUUCGAACCAAUGCAGGUUAGGUUGAGAGAUGGGAGUAAAGAUGGUUGGGAGAAGGCUUAUUACCACUGGGUUUGUCGAUAUGUCGACGACUACAAAGCUACAUUCGAAAACCUCAAACGAUUCGACUUAUGCUUAGAGCCCGAGGAACAGCAAGUUAUCGUUGAACCAGAAGUCGAAAAGUCAGGAAAACCGAAAACAAAAACUAGAGGAAAACCACCACCAGUCUCACUUUGCCUUCUUACAAUGCUAAAGAAUGUAGAAGAACUGAAAGUCUGGCGGUUACGCGGUGAUCCUGAGAAACAGGUUGAACAACAACCACAAUUGCAACGCAAUGGAGGCUUUGUGAUUCCGACGGAUACACAACUUCCCAGGCUUGAAAAACUCGAUGUCGGAGAAUAUGCUGGAAUAACCGUUGACGGUUUACUCGCUUUCUUAAAAACAAACGCUACAUCAGCCCGUCAUGUGGCAUGCGAUAUGUUCGCCUUUCGCGAACAAAUAGUGUCCAAACAGGAAAUAAUGCAGUUUCUAAACUCAUUGAAAAAGAAUGCCAGACUGGAAAGUUUAAAGAUCGAUUUCCUGGUCGAUCAGGUUAGGGAAAAUAAUAAGAGGGGGGAUGGAGAUAACUUGAGCAAUGUUUAUCUCCGUAUCGAUAUCCGAGGACCCUGGGAUAAUCCAAAUUGUGAAUAUAAAGUUAGUCUUAGGAAGGUAUCGGCGACAGGGUUCGGCGACGAAUUUAAAUCAAGUAGCUAUUGGGCUAAGAAGCGGGGCUGGGAGGAGUUCUUUUCUUACAUGUCAAAGCUUGAUGUUACGAGGGCAUUGUGGAGAUAG